AUGUUUGCAGAUGUUAAUUUCCGUCAGUGCGAACUCAUCAUCGAGGAAUUUAAUGAGUUGAUUCUCAAUCUCGAGGGUACUGAUUAUUUUCUAUGGCACGCGUGGAAGACUUUGGACAUGCUUAGCUAUCUAGUCAGCCGACUGGUUCUGAAUUGGGAGCGAGACAAGGAUAGUACAGCGGUAUCCGUUAAGCAUGACAAAGCCACUCAAUAA